AUGGUGAUUGCAGAAGAGCCAGUCCGUGAAUUAAGCGUCGGUGAUCCAGAAGUAAAGAGUGUGACGUCCCUGCAAAGUGCUGUUACACCAGAGGUAUUUGACUGGGAGGAUCGCCUGUCUCGCUUCUCAGAUUGGUCAAAGGUAUUGGGAGCUGUGGCACGCAUAAGACGACUGAAUCGUAAAGAAAAAGAUAACAGCCUCUCUACCCUGCAAGAACAAAAAGAGGCAGAAAAGCACAUCGUAAGAUCAGUACAGAGGCAGGCCUUCCCACAGGAAAUCCAGUCAUUGAGGUACUCAAGCAGAGUGAAGGCAAUAAGUAAAAUCUGCAGCCUGAAUCCAUUCCUGGACAAUGAAGGCAUUCUUAGAGUCGGUGGACGUCUGAGAAAUGCAGAAGUUCCAGACAGCAUCAAACAUCCAGCCAUUCAGCCAAAAGAUGGGCAUUUAACGAGGUUGCUCAUCUCGUACGUCCACAACAAAGUUCAACACCAAGGAAGAGGAAUGACCUUUAAUGAAGUAAGAGCUGGUGGAUACUGGAUAAUCGGAGGAAUUAAAGUAGUUGCCACCCACAUCCACAGAUGCACAACUUGUCGUCGUCUGCGGCGCCCAGUGGAAGAACAGAAGAUGGCCGACCUUCCAAAGGAUAGAGUAGAGCCUUCCCCACCAUUCACAUUUUGUGGCAUGGACUGCUUUGGACCAUUCACCGUCAGGGAAGGCAGGAAGGAGAUCAAGAAGUAUGGAGUCAUAUUCACAUGCAUGUCCUCACGGGCUGUACACAUUGAAAUGGUAGAUGACAUGACCACAGAUAGCUUCAUCAAUGCACUUCGAUGCUUCAUUGCCUUGAGAGGUCCUGUACAGCUGUUGCGUUCUGACCAGGGAUCCAAUUUUGUCGGAGCAAAGAAUGAAUUUCGAGAAGCAUUGAAGGAACUGGAUAUGGAGAGAGUUCAAGUUUUCUUGGCAAAGCAGCAAUGUCAGUUUGUCAUGAACGCUCCACACUCGAGUCAUGUUGGUGGCGUGUGGGAGCGUCAAAUCAAGACGGUCAGAAGCGUUUUAUCAUCCAUUAUCCAGCAGUCUUCAGGUAGAGUUGACGCUGCAACCUUGCGUACAUUUCUCUACGAAGUCAUGGCUAUUGUGAACAGUCGUCCACUCACAACAGUCAAUCUUCAUGAUCCACUCAGCCCUGAACCACUUACACCUAAUCACCUUCUCACCAUGAAAUGUACAGCUGCCUUACCACCUCCUGGAAAAUUCGUGAAGGAAGACCUGUACAUCAGGAAACGCUGGAGGAGGGUUCAGUAUCUGGCUGAACAGUUUUGGGGAAGAUGGAGGAAGGAAUACCUCUCUUCUUUCACUUCACGUCAAAAGUGGCACACACCAAGACGAAACAUCAAGGUGGGAGAUGUGGUGCUGCUGAAAGAUGAAGAGGCCCCUCGAAUGGAAUGGCCAUUGGCUAUUGUGAUCGAAACAAUAGAAAAUGAUGACGGCCUUGUCAGGAGAGCCAGAAUACGGGUUGGCACUAAGCAUCUGGACAAAGAAGGGAGACGAACAGGCAAACCGUCCAUUCUUGAGCGACCAAUCCAGAAGCUAAAUCUCCUGCUUGAGACGAAGUAG